AUGUCCAUGCGGGUCUUUAAAUGUGCUUCUGCAAUGCUGAAAACGCAAAGCAAAAACAAUCAGAUCUUACCAUAUUGGAGAAUGAUUAGAACGAUUGAAGAAUUUUCUGAAAAAUCAAGUAAACAAGAUAAUAAUGAAACAAAGAAAGUUAUACGGAUAAAUAAACACUUGGCGAGGUUUACACUGGCAGAUUAUAAACAAUUAAUUGAAAUGGACUCUAAAUAUCAGAAUUCUAAGUUUCAUUUCCAAAUUUUAGGUCAAUUUCAUAAAGAUAAUGAAUUUAAAUUAAGAUCAUUACCUAUAUUUGAAAGAAUAUUAGAAAAUAAGAUUCAUGGGUUUUUUACAAAAGGUUUAAUUAAAAAAAAUUCAGAUCCAUUAGAUGCUUUUAAAUCAGAUGAGAAACUUGUUAAAUCUUCAAAACAAUUAUUUUUUGUGGAGAAUAAACAUGGGAAUUUCCAAUAUCAAGGUGUUAAAGGGUUUAAUGUUGCAAAACCUUUAAUUCAAUCCAUUCCUUUUAAAUUUGAAACCACAGAUUUAGAUUUGAAAAUCCAAGCAUUAGAAAUAUUUCCAUUCAUAAAAGCUAUUGGUAUAAAUAUUCAACAUCCUUUAUAUAAUGAAUUAAUUUCAAAAACUAUAAAUUUUCCCUUGGUUGGUGAAAUAAAAUUCAUUGAAACAGAUUUAACAUCUUCAAAUGAAUUGAUUGCCCUUGUUCCAUCUUUCAUAUUAUCACAUAGGAAACAUUUCACAGAAUUAGAGUAUCCUGUGAUUAAAUUCGGUAAGAUACCAAAACCAGGUUCUGAAACAAAUGAAAUUUCAACUCCAAUGGAAUUAGCUACCUUAGUUUCUCAAGAAUUUGGAUUAUUACCACCUUUAACAGAUGUUAUAACUCCAUAUGUUAUUGAUGAAUAUAUAAAUGAAAAAGAAGAUGAUGUCAAUUUAACUGAGAUUCCUCAAGCUGAUGAAAUUUUAAAUUUUGAAAAUUAUGAAACAAAUUUAAGCUCAAGAUAUAAAUCAAUUUCAUUUAGUAAUAAGUAUGUUUAUAAUACUCCAAAGAAACAGUUUAAUUUUGAUUUAGAAAAAAUUAAUCAAAGAAAAUUUGAAGAUUUUAUAUUUAAGAAUCAUCAAUUAAAUUCUAAAACUCCUUUAUCAAAUAUUAAAAAAAAUUCAAUUGAUCUUAUAAGAUCUAUAAUAUUAACACAAAAUUCAAUAUCAGAUUUGGAUAUUUUACAAGAAUAUGAUAUAGUUAACGUUUGGUCAAGUGUUUUACAAUUUAUUCAUUCAGAGUUUUAUGAAGAUUCUGAUAAAUUCCAAUAUUUCCCAAGUUUAAAAGAAUAUUUAGAAUUUAAUUCAAAUUUGGUAAAACCAUGGGAUAAAUUCAUUCUUGGGAAUUUUUAUCAAAUUGAAAACAAAUCAAAAUUUAAUGAAUUUUUACCCCUUUUAGCACAAUAUUUAACAAUAAUUAAGAAUGAAUCUGAUAAAUCCAUUGAAAGAAUUGAGUUCAGUAAGAAUUUAAUCAUGAAUAUUAUUUAUAGGUUAUUAUUUACAGAUUCAAUGUAUUAUUAUCCUGGAUUAUCAAAAUUUUAUAUAAAUGAAUUCCAAUUUAAUAAAUUUGAUUUAAUGAAUGAAACAAUGCAUUUAACAACAACACAAGAAGAUGGAACCCAAGUUAAUAAAUUCAAUAAAAAUUUAAAAUACAACAUUGAAACAAUUGAUUAUGAACCAAAUUAUAAACAUUUAUUCAAACUCAUUCAAUCAAUAACUUCAAUUGAUAAUUAUACACAAUUUUAUUCCCUUAAUACCCUAAUCAAAACAGAUUCAUCAAUAAUAUUGGAAAAUCAAGAAAUUUUACAAAAUUCACUGAAAACACUUUGGAAUAAUCAAUUUCAUAAAGAUGAUUCAACUCCAAUAAUUUUUUUAUCAAAUAAUUAUCAAAAUCCAUUAUUUUUAAAUCAUAAUUAUAAUGAAAGACCUAUUAAUUGUCCAGAAUUUAUAAUGAAUAAGCAUAUUAGAUUUAAUUCUGGGACUGAUGAAGAAUUUAAUAUUUUUUAUUAUAGAGAUCCAAAAAUAAAUAUUGAUUCAAUUUCUGAAUCAUUAAAAUUGAAAAUAAGUAAAUUGAAACUAGAUAUAAAACCAGAAGAUUCAUUAUUAAUUAAAAAGCAAAAAUUGAUGAAUUCUUUCAUAGAUGAUGUUUUACAUAUAUCAAAAAAGAGACAAUUUAGACAUGCUGAAAUUAAUAAUUUAAUCUUGUUUAUUAUGGAAUUUGUUAUACGUUUACCACCUAAUUUUUUUGAAAUUGAAGAGAUUAAACAAUCAUAUGAUCAGGAUGAAAUUAAACGUAAAGUUAAUGAAUAUAUCAAAUUAGAAGAAUCUGAUUCUAAUGAUUAUCCACAAGUUAAAAAUAUAGCUUAUGGAAUUGUUCAAGAUUUUAACAGAGGUAAAAGAUCUCCAAAAAAACCAAAAUUUUUAAAAAUUGCUAAAUAUGUGGAACCUGAAGAUGAAUUUUAUAUUAAUUUAAAACAAUUAAUAAUUGAUAUUGAAAAUCCUUCGCCUAUAUUAAUCAAGAAAUUGGAAAAUUUAAAUAUUGAACAUAUUGAUCCAAUAGAUUCGUUAUUUACAAAUAAGAAGAAGUUAUUACAUGCAUUUAUAAUUGAUUUAAUCAAGAUAAAUUCAUCUCAUGUUGAAAAAAUUGAUAAUAUAAAACAAAUUAUUAAAAUUGUAUCAAAUUUAUCAUUAGAAUUUUUCCAAUCAGAAACCAUAUUGAACUCAUUAAAUGAAAAAUCCACUAAUAUAAAAACUUCAGAACAAGAUAAAAUUAAUGAAAAUAUUAAUGUCCAACAUAUUGAACCAUUCAUCAAGUCUUUAGAACCAAUAAUUGAAAAUACAAAACAAAUUAAAAAUUUAUUAUUAUCUCAACAAAUUGAAAAAUUUAUUGAUUUAGUUUAUAAAAGUGAUGAAAAUCUUGAAAUUAAUGAGAAUAAAAUUCUUGAAGAAUAG